UUGCCAUUGCACAGUCGCCGGGGAUACUUCCAUAAUGGAGCAGAGUAAAUAUAAAGGAGAAAUAGCAAUGUACCUGCCGGAAGGACACUCUUACUUUCACGAUGGAAUCAAGAUAAUCUCGGAUUACGGCGAGAUUGAUGCAAGUGACGCGGACUGGCUAAUGGAUGCGGAGGCCAUAAGCCAGAUCUUGACAGAGGCGAUGGCUGAAAAGGACAUGGUGUACAAGUACAUACUUCAGAACCUCUUGACCACGGCUACCUUCUACCGAGGUUCCAAAAUAGAUUUUCCGUUGGACUUUGAGCAGUAUCUGCGCUUCCAGAUGCCCUUUCCAGUCACUCCGGUUUUCAAUUCCACCAAGCCAGGAUACAUCAAUCUACUAACACCCACUUCACAUCCCAUGGUUAGCAAUGGCUAUGUGAACCCGGAAAGCAUCCAGCUUCUGUUGAGGGGCAAUCUACGGGACACGAUCGCCCAACUGGACGUGAUCUACUGUCCCAGCGGAGUGCAAUACAAACUCAGUUACCGAACACAUGAGAUUGGGGAUCAGGGAUUCGUUCAUGAAAUCCUGGCCUGCGAAAAACGUGAGGCCGGCGGUAUGCCCAGCAUGGUAUCCUUCGUUUUUCUGCCAGCUCUGCAAUUCGAAUUUACGGAGCAUCCCCUCCCCCCAUUCGUGCCAUCGGGUCCGGUAUGGCUUCAUUGCUGCAGCAGUACCAUCUACUGGCUGGCUCUUUUCCAGGUCUAUCCGCAGUACGACCGACGCAGCUUCUGUCCCUAUGUGCCCAGGAUGCAGGGAAUCCAGGACGAGCGGAUGGUCAAGUACCGAAAUGUUCUCCGGCUCCUGCUUCGGAUCGGCACGGGCAACAAUAUCCCUGAUCUUUCGGAUAUAUUCGUCCUAAAAGGCUUGCAUUUUUAUAGGUUGCGAUACAACGCCACCUGCGAUUGCAGUCUUUCCCUGGCUAUGCUUUUUAUUGAGUUUCUUACUAUCCACAAGGAGAUAACAUACAACGAGGCCAUGCAAAAGUACAUGACCUUUGGUGGCCAGGAGCAGCAUUGGAUGCGGGGUGCCCUCCAGUUGGACAGCAUUGCCAGAAACGUGUCCACGUUCUACUAUUUGAACUGCAUCCACGUAGACCACCUGAAAAACUUAUUUGGUAUAAUGUAGGGUGGGAGCAUUCUCAUAUUACGUAUACGCAUCAAAGUCCGCGGAUAUGGAUUUCAAAUUUUUAUUAAGGAAAAACGGCUGCGUCCAAACAUUUGUUAAUCGGAACUAAUUCUCUAUUUGUUUGUCUGGGCUUUCGUGUAUUGGGGGAGCAAAGAAAUAUGCCACAAUUGCAAUUAUUUACAGGCCAUAUCGCAGACAGAGCUGCUCAUCUAAGCAGUUAACAACGC